GACUCCAACUUCAUCGAAGGCGCGAAUCAUGAAUAUUAAUUAGAUCACGAACUAAAAAGCCGGUCACCAUACCUAAUUAAUAUUCAAUAGUUAUGCCUUCGCUAUAGUAGAAAGCGUGUGAUUUCGCUGAUGACGCUCAUCGGGCACUCAGCUGAUUCGGCAGCUUUUCUCCGCUGCUCGCGUGCACUGUCCUUCUCCACUCGCGUCCGGAAACAUGGACGCGAACGGGACCGAGCCGCUGCCGGUACAGCCAGGCAUGGACGCGCUGAUCGUUAACGGGCACGCAGCGGAACGAGAAGAAACGGAUCCCGCCAAGAAGAAGAAGAAGAAGAAAAAGAAGAAAAGCAAAACGGCGGCAGGACACGGUGAGCAGGGCGAGGAUGGUGAGGUGGAUGUGAGAAAACCGGCCGAGCAACAGAACCUAGAGGAUAAAGAUAGAGAAGAGGAUGGAGAAGAAGAUGGAGAGGACGGGGAUAAUGUCUCUGGGAAAAAGAAGAAAAAGAAGACCAAGAAAAAGAAAGGACCCAAAACCCAGACAGACCCUCCAUCCCUCCCCAUAUGUGAUUUGUACCCUAAUGGUGUGUUUCCUGUGGGUGAGGAGUGUGAGUACCCUCCAUUGCAGGAUGGGCGUAGUGCGGCUUGGAGAAUGACCAACGAAGAGAAGCGCGUAUUGGAUAAAGCAAAUGAGGAGCUGUGGAAUGAUUUCCGGCAGGCAGCCGAGGCACAUCGGCAGGUGCGCAAAUAUGUGAAAAGCUGGAUCAGACCUGGAAUGACCAUGAUUGACAUCUGUGAGCGUUUGGAGGACUGCAGUCGAAAGUUGAUCAAAGAGAACGGUUUGAACGCAGGCCUGGCAUUUCCUACCGGCUGCUCGCUGAAUAACUGUGCUGCUCACUACACGCCCAACGCAGGAGACCCCACUGUCCUUCAGUACGAUGACGUAUGCAAGAUCGAUUUCGGCACACACAUUAACGGCAGGAUUAUUGACUGUGCCUUUACCGUCACCUUCAACCCAAAGUUUGAUGGCUUGAUUCAGGCUGUGAGAGAUGCUACUAACACAGGCAUCAAGUGUGCAGGUAUAGAUGUCCGUCUUUGUGAUGUAGGUGAAUCGAUACAGGAAGUGAUGGAGUCGUACGAGGUUGAAAUUGAUGGAAAAACAUACCAAGUCAAACCUGUUCGGAAUCUGAACGGACACUCUAUUGGUCAGUAUCGGAUACAUGGUGGUAAAACAGUGCCCAUAGUGAAGGGUGGAGAAGCCAUCAGGAUGGAGGAGGGGGAGGUGUACGCCAUUGAAACAUUCGGCAGCACUGGUAAGGGAGUGGUGCACGAUGACAUGGAUUGCUCACAUUACAUGAAGAACUUUGACGUUGGACACGUGCCAAUCAGGCUGCCCAGGGCAAAGCAUCUUCUCAACGUGGUGAACGAGAACUUCGGCACACUGGCGUUCUGUCGCCGUUGGCUCGACCGUUUGGGAGAAAACAAGUACCUGAUGGCCCUGAAGAACCUGUGUGACCUGGGCAUCAUCGACCCCUACCCACCUCUAUGUGACGCCAAGAGCUCGUACACAGCGCAGUUCGAACACACCAUCCUCCUCAGACCCACGUGCAAGGAGGUUGUGAGCCGUGGAGAUGACUACUGAAACGCACAUAUGCAUUCACAGUCAAACUCCAGUUUUGCGCAAAAUAUAUUUAUUUAAAUGUACAAGACAGUAUUUAGUAGUUGAACUGAACUGUUGUUAAAAGAAUAGUUUACCCAAAAAUGAAGUUCCUUUUGUGCAUCUGUGGGACUUACUUUUGUGAAACAAUUUUAGCAGAAUGCUCAAGUUACUUUUUGCUAUAUUAUUAAGGUAAACAUUUGUGAAAACGGUUACCUUAAAAUUAGUUGUCCAUCUUUCAAGGCCUUGCGAUAGAUUUGUGUUUUGUUGACUGAAAUGUAAGUCAUUAUUUACUGAAAAUCUUGCGGGUGCUGAUAGGUUUGUCAGUGUCAUGCGGCGCUGCUACGUCAUAGUACCGCGAGAGCGAUGCAAACGCAUACGGAGCAGUCGGCUCGCGAUUCUCGCGGUGAUGUGAUGUCAAACGAUGGUCUGAGUGGCGCGUGUCGGUACACGAUCCGGGAUGCCUGCACGAUCCGUUCUGCGCAUGCGCAUAAUGACGUAGUAAACAACUUCACGGUUUCUGUCGGUACACGAUCCGGGAUGCCUGCACGAUCCGUUCUGCGCAUGCGCAUAAUGACGUAGUAAACAACUUCACGGUUUCCCUACACUAUUGGUAUCAAGCAUGCGAUGAAACGCUUGACGGCCAGACGGCACAACUGGCGGCAUAUUUUUGUAGGCUACGUCGUGUUUUUCAUUUAACAGUUCACGGCGGGUCUAUUUUGAUGUUUUAAAAUGUAGCUUACGCUAUGCAUUACGAUGUGUUUACGUGGUUGCCAAUCCAAAAUAAUAAAGGAGUUGUUACAUGAACAUACACGAUUUUGGUUACAUGUGGAAUAAAGUCUGAGUCUUGAGAGUCUGUCACUGCAAACCUUCAGUUUCCUCCAUACUCCCCUUUGCGAUUCAUUGCUGCAUGGCAUUAGGCCUACUUAACUUGCCGUGUUUCGAUCUGAGGUCAGUAGUAUUGUCAAAGACGGUUUUUAUUAAAAGCUGCUAAUAUUAGUUCACUUUAAAUCGACUCGUUUUGUAUUAGUAUGGGUCUAUAUAUAGGCUAAUAUAUCUAUCUAUAUAAUCUAAAUGAGGAAUAAUCCCUUCAAUGGUGGUUACAGAACACAAUAAGGAACAUAAUAUGCAUUUCCGCCUAGACUAUCUGCACUUACAUGAAGAAAGAACUACAAACAAGUCUGGGGAAACGUUACAGAGUAUUUCAACGCAUAGUGUGCACACAGAAGUGACAUGAGACCAGAGGUGGACAGUAGUGAAAGUCGCGGUACAAAGGUGCUCAAGCGUGGAACAGAUCGUGCAGUGUCGUCGCUAAACAGAAUUGUCUACUACGUCAUUAUGCGCAUGCGCAGAACGGAUCGUGCAGGCAUCCCGGAUCGUGUACCGACAGCGCGUAUGAAGUCGAACGAGCCGAAUGUGUAGGUAUCACUGAUGUCAAACCUAUUGAAAUUUGCACCUUGUACUCAGGCAACCUUUUUGAAUACGCACAAAAAGAAAAUGAUAUUGAAGAGCCGCAACGCACAGGAAAUAAUGUUAGAUAAUAUUACUUAAAUUGAAUCAAGUAAUGACUUAAAAUAUAGUCAAAUCUAUCAUAUGGCUAUAGUGAAUACGUGAAAGAUUGUGCCAUAGUCAUAUGGGUCACUUCAGUGGUCACUCGUAACUUUUAUUAUAUGGAAAAAAAUAUUUUGUUUCAAGACAAAAUGUAAUUGGUUCAUAAAAGCAUUAGCGUAAGUGAAAAAAUGACAGUAUUUUAGGUUUUUGGGUUAACUAUUUCUUUAAGGGAAUGCAACCGUAUAGCAUAGAUUCAGCAUGAAAUUACUAUGCAUGGGUAUAGGCCAGUGCCCAAAUACAACAUCUAUUUUCGAAGUGAGCGAGAUACAGGCUUUUUACUCAUUUGUACUCUGUGUAAUGAAUGAGAAAAUAUGAAGAGUAUGGAUGCUUGGCUUUACACACUGCUGAAGGACUUUUGCGAGAAAACAAACACAAGAAUACGCAAAGCUUUUCCAGUUUCUUUGAUAUUUGUACAAUAUCAAAAGGGCUGUCUCAUCUAGUAGCAGUUGUGGCCUAAUGGUUAGAGAGUCGGACUCAUGACCAGAAGGUUGCCGGUUUGAUUCCCAGGGCCGGCGGGUAACAACUGAGGUGCCCUUGAGCAAGGCACCUUACCCCUACUUGCUCCCCGGGCGCUGUAGUGAUAGCUGCCCACUGCUCCGGGGGUACGUGUGUUCACUACUCUCUGGAUGGGUUAAAUGCAGAGGUCACAUUUCGUUGCCUUGUACAUGUGCAAUGACAAUAAAUUGAAUCUAAAUCUAAAAAAAAAAAAAAAUCUAACUGUAUAA